AUGGAAGAAGACUUACUUGGACGGUUGGACCGGCUGGAGAGGAUUGGCGUACUGGCUAUUAAAAACCCUAAUAAUUUCCAUUAUUAUAUUGGCUUUCCUAGUUCAAAAAACUAUGAAAAACAAGGUUGUAAUUACUCUAAUGGCGAAUGGAUAUGGGAUGAAAACUACCCUUUUCAUGGAUACAAUGAGAGUUGCAGGUUUCUGGAUCCGGGUUUUCGAUGCCAUGAAAAUGGACGUGUGAAUCAAAGCUUUCGACAUUGGCGAUGGCAACCUCGUGGAUGUGAUCUUCCUAGGUUCAAUGCAAGUGAUUUUUUAGAUAGAAUCAGAAAUGGAAGAAUAAUAUUUGCAGGAGAUUCAAUAGGACGAAACCAAUGGGAGUCAUUGUUAUGCAUGCUAUCAAAAGGAGUCUCAAACCAAUCUUCAAUAUAUGAAGUAAAUGGAGUUCCUAUAAGCAAGCACAAAACAUAUUUAUCAAUCCUUUUUCAAGAGUUUAACGUAAGUAUCGAGUAUUAUCGACUUCCUUUCCUUGUUGUUGUUGCUCGCCCUCCUCCGAACUCACCUACACAAGUACGUGGAGUCAUCAAGAUUGAUGAACUCCAUUGGUGGUCUCGCAAAUGGCCAGGAGCUCAUGUCUACGUCUUCAAUAAUGGUCAUUGGUGGAAUGAUGCCAAAACUAUCGCUUCGGGCCUUUACUUUGAGGAAAAGGGAGUUGUAAAUAUGACAAUGGAUUAUACAGAAGCAUUUCGGAGAUCAAUGAGGACAUUGAAAACAUGGGCAGACCAACACUUAAACCCACAAAGUAGUCGGAUUGUCCUUCGUAGCUAUUCAUCUGUUCAUUACAGGAAUGGAACGUGGGAUACGGGGGGGACUUGUAGAGAUAAUCAGGCACCUGAGACGAGCAGGAAAAGGGUGCAGGCAGAUCCGCUGCUCAACCAGUACACUCUAGAUGUGGUUAAAGAAAUGGAAGCCAAUAAAAUGAAGGUCGGUUUUCUGAAUAUUACGUAUCUGUCUGAAUUCAGAAACGAUGGCCAUCCAUCGAUCCAUCUUGAACCAACGUUUAAAAAGUCCAAUAAAAAUCCCUAUGUAGAAGUAGAAGACUGUAGUCAUUGGUGUCUUCCGGGAGUUCCUGACACGUGGAACGAGCUUCUUUACGCUUGGCUACUGGCAGAUGAUUUUAGGACCACGAGAAACUAA